GUUACACAAUACACAAGCCGCAGUGGAUGAGACAAAGGCAAUUAAUGCCAGUGAAGUGGACUAUUGAAAUGCUUCACUGGCACUGAAUACACAGCAGACAACUAAUAAUAUGUCAAUUCUUAAACCAUAAUGGUUCAAAAUGACAUCGUGUUAUGCAUUCAGAACUUCUGAUCUACAUUAGUUUCAGAGGAGAGAAGUGACAGAUAGCAACCUGACACCAGGGGGAACAGAGAACUCAUUCCCAUCACAAUUCCCUCAGUACACAAGCAAACCAGGUAGAACCUCUAAUUGGCUCCCAGCGCCCUACGGGAAUCCCCUACUUUGAGCUUUAUUUUACGUCAUUAGCAUUCGUUGCCUAGCACUCCAACACAUGAACACACACAUCACCAAGCGUAAAUCCCUCCUCUUACUGUUUCUAACAGUAAUUCUUUGCUCUGCACACAUUAGCGCCCCCCCCCCCCCCUCCAAACACACACACACACACAGACACACACAUACACACAAACACAGACACACACGCACACACACGCACACAAACACAAACACAGACAUACACACAAACACAGACACACACACAUCCUGCUGCAUGGUGUGACACAAUCAAUAACGUCCCAAACAAAAUGAGCCUUUCUGCCCUCAGGGACCGAUGGGAGGGAAAAAGCGACGGGUAGGUGGGGGGUGUAGAAAAACAGACAGAGAAUGAACGCCAGGGAUCCACUCAGAUCAGCCAUCGCGUCAGAGAGCAUCAACCUGCCCUGCCUGCUGCUGCUACUGAGAGAGCGAGUGAAGAGAGAGAAGACAGAAGAGAGAGAAGACAGAAGUAGAGAGAAGAGAGGAGAAGAGAGAAAAGAGAGUGAGCUAUGGCUUCAGAGUUGGAGCUGGCCUUCGUGGAGGACCUGCAGCUGACCGAGGUGAUGCGCCUACGGGUGCAGUCGCUGCAGCAGAAGGGCCUGAAGAGGCAGGAUGGCGAGCGGCUACUGCUGCCCUACGAGGCCGUCUACCGCCUGGACUUCUCCACGCAGGACCUCACCUUCUGCCGCUGGGAGGUCAGCAUGAAGGGCCAUGGACGCCUCUCUGUCACGGGAAUAUCGCAGCUGUGGACGCCCGACCUGACCAACCUGAUGACGCGGCAGCUGCUGGAGCCCAACGGCCAGUUCUGGCGCUCUGCCGGCGACCCCGACGACGCGCCACUCAAGUGCCUGGAGGCCGACAUCCAGGAGUUCGGCGAGCGGCUCGCGGAGCUGGCCAAGGUGCGCAAGGUGAUGUACUUUCUGUUCGCUUUCAAGGAGGGCGCUGAGAAAGCCAACAUCAGCUGCUCGGUGGUGUUCAAGCCCAACGCAGCUUGAUGCUGACCCUGACCCCAACAUGGGCUGCUGCAGCCCCACUCAACAGGCACAGUUAGUACUCUUGCUACGGCUAGGUCUUAUAUAUAUAUAUAUAUAUAGUACCGUCCACUUCUGCUUCUAUACUACUACCCUUCCAGUACAGAUGUCCAGACAAAUCUUAACGUUAAUGUUAGACAUGUCAGUGUCCUGACUAAAUAUUAUUCUGUUACUUAUUAAAUUAUUACAGCAAAUGUUUGAUGUUUACUUUAGUGUUUGGGGUAGCAGGAGCAAAAUACUUUAAUUUGUGCUUGAUGAUCUCCUGUUGUUUGACUGCACACUUCUAAUGUUUCUCAGAGCUAACCAGUAGGUGAAUGCUGACUAAAAUAGGAUUCGUAGGACUUUAUUUGAUUUGAUUAAUUCAAGAACUUUUCUAAUGUCAAUAAUUUAUGUGAUUUGUGUACAAUGCCAAAGCAAUUGCCAUGAAUACAAUGUAUGGGUAUUUGCACCGAAGGAAUAAUGUAUCCCUAUAACGGAAACCAUGACAGAAUAUGUGAUGUUUAACACUGCUAAUUAAAUUACUAUUAUUCUGUUAUUCUGGCUCAUUCUCCUGCCCUCUAUGCAUGUUAUAUAGGCUGCAUACGAUUGCAUGCAAGUG